CUUGCCCAGUGCCCACCAAAAAAUCUAUUGAUGUACCUACGAUCAUUGAAGAGAUUAUUUUAAUAAUAAUUUAAUGCAAGAUUGUGAAAUAUACCAUAUUUAGAACAAAAACAUCUAAAUAUUUCAUUGAGGAAACUUCAGGAAAAGUUGUUAUUAAGUAUUUAGUACACUUGAAAUACUACCUAAAAAUUCGUAUCACACUGACUCCGAUGUAGUAACUCGAAGAAAUAAUAAAUAAUUUCUCCUAAUUAUGGCUAUAGUGAAAACUCCUGUUCUGAAAGUUAUUUUAUGCGGCGAAUAUGGAGUAGGGAAAAGCUCUAUAUUUCGUCGAUUUAUUAAUAACACUUUCCUCCCAAAUUCAGACCGAAGAUCGACCUUAGGAUUAGACCAUUUUGAAAAAUUGUAUCAAGUUGGGGACAAGGAAGUCAAGUUACAGUUAUGGGAUACUGGUGGAAUGGAAAGAAUAGCUUCAGUCACAUCCAGCUACUAUAAGUUUGCAGAAGCUGCAAUUUUAGUAUUCUCUUUGGACAACAUCUCAUCAUUUCAUGUACUAAGUCAACAUUUGUUGGACAUUGUAACUUAUGCAGAGAAUGCCAAAAUUUACCUCUGUGGAAACAAAUCUGACCUUGAGGGUAGCUCUCCUCAAGUCACUGAUGCUGAUAUUGAAGCUUUUUGUGAACAGUGUCACAACCUUAUUAGUAGUAUUUAUAAAACAUCUUGUAAAACUGGAAAAGGUCUAGAAGAAAUGUUCAGUGACAUUGCAUUGCAGCUUGUGGAGUCAAAUCGAUCAAGAAUUGAAUUACAAGCAUUAGACCACAACAGUUUUAAAAUUUCACAGCCUGAACCUCAAGAUGAGCCAUCGUGUAGUUGCUGACUGCAUUGAGACUUUAUUUGAAUCUCUAUUGUACCUUUUAUAAAGAUUUUUGUAGUAAAAUUGCUGUGAGAAUAGAUGUUUACAUGCAACACAUUUUGUCAACUGCUUUAAAAUUUGUCCUUGCUAAGAUGAAUAUUUAACAAUCACAUGUUAUUUUAACAUUUAUUUUAAGGUUAUUAAGGUUGUCUAUAAAAUUACAGUGAUUAUUAGUAUUUUCUUAAAGGUUGUAUUUCAGUAUUAUGCUUAGAAUCAGGUGCAGAUACAAAGUGAUGUGUAUUUAACAAAUGUGCAUUGUAUCUUAUAUUUUAUAAUACAAAAAACAUUUAUUACAUUUUUUCAUGUAACUUAGUAGGUGUAAAUCAUAAUAAUUGAAAGAUUGUAAUGCUUUAAAACAUUUUAUUUUACAUAAUUUCUACUUAUGUAGUUUAUUUAUUGAAUCAUAGAAUAUAACAAUACCUCUAUACAUUUGUUUAAGUAACAAACUAAUAAAUUUAAAUUUGAACUUAAACAAGUAACAUUUAGUAAGAAUCCAGUGCUUUAAUUUUAUAAUUUUACACAAGCUGUGAUGAUGUCAUUUAUUUAAAUUACAUGAGAGGUGGAAGGUCAUGGUAAAUGUGUAAACAGGUAAUGCUAAUUUUAUAUGGGUAUUUUAUAUUUUUGGUUAAAUUAGCUUCCAUCUAUUCCAAAACAAUAAUUUAAAAACACAAUAAAACAUGAAAUAUCAAUAACAAUUCUUAUAUAAUGUCAGAUCUAAAAAAUACAAUCUGAAAUCCUUAUUACCUGUUUGUUAUGUUUGAAAGCUGUGUUGCGAAGGGUUUUCUUAUAUAAUCAAUAAUGUAUCAUGACAAAAUUGAUGUGCUUCGUAUUGUAUUUUAGUGUAAUUAUUUAAAUGGCUCUAAUUAAAUUUGACAUAAUA